UGACUCUCUUGAACCAACAGGCCGCAAUCUAAAUCCAAACUACCAUUCUUCUCUCUAUCUGACUAGUAGUUGCCCUUCACAUUCUCCUUCUCAAAUCUCAGCCUUCUGAUCCCAAAAAACAUCAACAGUUGAGUAGUUCCCAGAACCUUAUUAUACAAAAACCCAGUUUGAUAAGAUGCAGAUUCAUCCGCCAUGGAUGAGGCACUCAUAUCCAGGAUAACAACAGGAACGGAAGCUUCAAACAGAUCAUCAACACUAAGGGAGGUAUUCUCCACAGGUAGUAUCACAGUCAUCCCUCCACCGCAACCACCGGCUAACCACCUUGCCAACAAUGAUGCUGCCGUUAUUCCCAUCAAUAUAACACCAAAUUCUUCUUCUCUGAUAAACCUUCUAAACAGCUUGACCAAGAGGAGAAGGCUUACCCGCUCAAACUCUGCUCCUCCUGUAGUAAUCGAUACAACAGAAGCUCCCACCUGUUCUUCAGACCCAAGACCUGGAAGAAAACCAACCUCUUCAAUUGUCAGGCAAGCGUUCUUUGGCGUUCUUCUAUAUGCGCUAAUUGGCAUUAUACUGUACUUACUAAAAGGUAAAAGUUUUAAGGGCAAAACCACGACGGCGCCAGUGGAUGCCUUGUACUUCACUGUGGUCACUCUCUGCACCAUUGGCUAUGGUGAUAUUGUCCCAGACACAAUAUUCACAAAGCUUUUUACUUGUGGCUUCAUCCUGGUUGGUUUUGGGUUAUUAGAUAUAUUGCUCAAUGGGCUGGUUACGUAUAUUUUGGAUAGGCAAGAGGCCAUACUGUUGAGUACUGUUGAUGAGAAUCACUUCAACACGGUGGUUCGGACGUAUAUGAUUGAUACUGAAAAGGGGAGAAUGAGGAUAAGAAUUAAAGUGGCUUUGGCUUUGGCAGUUGUUAUAGGUUGUAUUGCUAUCGGGACAUUAGCAGCGCAUUUCAUAGAGAGAAAGGAUUGGGUCGAUAGCUUUUAUCUAUCUGUAACUUCUGUCACCACUGUGGGUUAUGGAGAUUAUGCCUUCACUACAUUAACAGGAAGGUGCUUUGCAGUAAUUUGGCUAUUACUGAGUACAUUGGCUGUCGCAAGGGCAUUUCUAUAUCUGACUGAGCUGAGGAUUGACAAGAGGAACCGCACAAUGGCAAAGUGGGUGCUUCAAAAGAAGAUGACCGUGGGAGACCUGGUGGCUGCAGAUCUUGACCACGACGGUUCCAUCAGCAAGUCUGAAUACAUCAUCUACAAGCUCAAGGAAAUGGGAAAAGUAGCACAGAAAGAUAUCACACAAAUCAGUAUCCAAUUUGACUCAUUAGACAACAGCAAUUGUGGCAAACUUACUAUUUCUGAUCUCAUAGAAAGCAAUUACUGACUGAUACAAAACAAUUUUUUCAACUGGAAUUGAAACCUGGUGUAAUUCAGAUAUCUUGCCUUGAAGCUUGAAUCUCCACAAUCUAGCACUACAAAAGAAAAACAGCAAGAGAAAUCCACGUUUCAUGAAACAUGCAUGGAAGAAAUAAAAUUGAUAGAAUACCUUUUAUU